AUGGCUCAAGGUAACAUCAAACUCAAGCUGACAAAAAAGGCAAGAGUAACUAAAAGACAAAGUAACUUAAGAGCCGCCGCUCCGCUCAUCAUCAAACCCAAGAAGUCUGCCGCAAAACAGACAUUUGAUCUUAAGAAGUCUGUUGGAGCUCUGAACGGAACGGAAAAGUUGAUUGCUGGUAGAGUUGGUCACUUGGAGAUCAUCAGAGGUUCCAGAAGACAGCUCGAAAAGCAGGAGAAGGAAAAAGCAAGAAAAGCUGCCGCCAAGGGUAACACCAAGUAA